ACGAUAACCACAGCGACGCUAAGGAGGCACGUCCUGUAAUUUCAGUGAGGCUUGAAGUGGCACGGCCGGCAACCACAACGAGAUUAAAGGAGCACGUCCAAUAAUCAAAGCGAGGUUAAGGGGGCAUGACCUGAAAUUGCAAGAAGCGAAGGGGGUAUUUGCUAUGACCAGACUGAAGUUUAAGAACUGGAGUUUGUUCCAAAACCCCACAGACUUUUCAUGGAUUAUGUCCAAUAUUGUCCAAUAUUUGGCAUUGUCUUCCCAGACUCAUAUCACACAUGGAUGAUGUAUUGAUACGUGGGGAAACAGAUUUAAUUCACUGAAUUGAAAUUCCCUUCCUGUCCUGGAAGGAUCUGAAUUCAUGUCUGGAAACAUAGAAAUAUAUACGGCACAGAAGGAGGCCAUUUAUCCCAUCAAGCUUAGCCUGAUCCUACCUCUGGUUCUUGAGUUUCAGCAUGGUGAGGCCGAGGAAGAAUGGAUACAUCCCGAGACCCAACAACCAUCACGUGGGGAGUCUGAAGAAACUUUAGCUGUUUUAAACUGGCUAAACAACUAUACUGUUGGUUCUACUACUGACCCGUUAGAUGUCAUGUGGGUAGGGUUGAAACGAACCUAUGGGUGCUCAGAUAUUUCAAUUAAAAAUAUUAUAAAUAAUGCCCGGAAAAAUAAUCAAGAACAUGACUCUGAAGAUGUAGAAGCAUCAGUAGAUAGCAUACGAAGAAAAGCUGCUGCAGUAAGGGAAAAUUCCUCCCUGCUUGAGCUCAAAUUGCGGCAGCUUUGCAAACGAAUUAAAGAGGAUACCAUGAGAAAGCAUAAAAAGAUUAAAGUUGACUUGAGCAAGAAACUCAGGAAGAAGAGUUUAACCAAUGAGAUUGGUUCAUCAGCAUAUUAUAACCCGAAUGAAAGUUUAUGCCAGACACUUGAAUAUGUUGUCGCCACUAUGUCUGACCUGGAGGUGAUGAUGACUGACAUGAUAAACAGCAUCGAGGAGCACCCUAAUACAGACAGAAUGCUAGAGAAGGACGCCACAACGUCCAGGAAAGAAUCUGACAUUAGAAACAUGCCACACAAGCCCAAAUCUUUAUCAUCUGUAUUAGAGGAAGUCAGGAAGACGCUGGUAGAUUUUAAUUCAGAGUACCAUCAGGACACUGUCCUUACAGAAGAGAUGUUCAAGCAGACAGACAAAGUCAAAGAGAAGAUAAGCAAUUUACUACAUCAGUGGGAACUUAGUCAAGAGCAAGAGUCCAGUUUGCACAAGAUGCUUGGGGACUUCAGAACUGAAACAAAUGAUGUUUCCAUCAGUGUUAUGGAAUGCUGCUUCAGUGCAGAGACUGUGCAGCAGGUUUUGAAAAAGUCAACAUCAUCUAUAGCAGAAGAAAUUCAUCGCAUGGAAGACAGUACAUACAAAGAAGUGAAGAGCUGGAGACAGAAAGUUGAGGACCUGCGACACCAGCUGCACCAGGAACACUUCCGAUGCUGCACCAUGGAAUCUGAAAUCCGCCUUCUCAGAGACGAAAUAAUGCGACUGCAGAAGCAUCUGUUCUAUCAGCAGUCAACCGAAAGUUCGAAAAAAUCUGACACUGAGGACAUCUUUCGAAAGAUUUGUGAUAUAUGUGACCGCGUCCAAGAUCUCAGCCAGGGAACCAGCCUCUCGUUACAAGACAAGAAGAGUAGCUUCACUGUGCCCUCAGUGCACCGACCUGGACGUUCCGAAGAGCUGACUGGUGAAUUCUCCGGUGAUAAAUAGGUCUAACUGCAAACAAACAACAGCAAGAGAAUUUGAGAUCUCUGGUGCUUCCCCUGCAGAUUGGAACCCUGACGUGUACUGACCUCCAGUAGCGAGCA